AACGAGUGUAUUUGAACUAGAUUUGUUCUCCUCGGCCACCGUAGAAUUGUGCAGCAUCUAAGAUGGCGCUGCGCAGGGUGUACACAAGUGUCAUACGAAAUCGGUUUGAUUUAGGGGUCAACAAUACUCGGGUUUUUGCCACAACAGCAUUCCUGUGUCGAAGGACUCCUCCUUUGGGACCCAUUCCCAAUGAAGACAUUGAUGUUAAUAACAUUGACACAGUGGAGAAAUAUCGCAGCUACAACCGUUACUUCAGACAUGCCGAAGAGGCGAAGAGAGCACCGGUGUGGUGGAAGACCUUCCAAGGCUAUGUGGAGAAGGCCGAUCCUGAACAUGGUGCUGAGCGAGUGGACAUUGGACUACCUCAUUAUCGAGCCCCCAGAACUAAGGUGCUGAGGGAGAGGAGACAGGUGGUGAAGGAGAACAAGAAAAAUGUGGCGCUGGAGAGGGCGUGUCGUUUGCGCACAUUUAAGGUACCUGUGGAUCAAGUGCAGGAAAUGUGGGAGAAUAGCAGAGGCUGCUUCCACGUCAAAAGACUGGCAGACCACUACGGGAUCUUCAGAGAUCUUUUUCCCAUGGCGUAUUUCCUGCCUCAAGUCUCACUGCGGAUCUGCUAUCGCCAGGAAAGCAGCAGCCAAGUGCAUUAUGGGAAUCAGCUGACACCUACGGAAGCAGCAUCAACCCCUGAGGUCAGCUUUAAAGCAGACGAAGGCUCCCUUUGGACCCUCUUGCUCACCUCCCCAGAUGAACAUCUACUCGAUAAUGAAGCUGAAUACCUGCACUGGCUCGUUGGGAACAUACCAGGCGGAGCACUUGAAGCCGGAGAAGAACUGUGUCACUACCUGCCACCUUUUCCUGCAAAAGGAACAGGCUUCCACCGCUACAUUUACGUCCUUUUCAAGCAGGAAGAAGCCAUCCACUUCCAGGAAGAUAUGAGGCCGUCACCAUGCCAUUCGUUGGCCGAUCGUACCUUUAAAACAGUGGAUUUCUACAGAAAGCACCAGGACAGCAUGACACCUGCAGGGCUGGCGUUCUUCCAAUGCCAAUGGGACCAAUCUGUCACCAGCACCUUUCACAACACACUCAACAUGAGGGAGCCGUUGUUUGAGUUCAUCCGUCCUCCAGUUUACCAUCCGCCACAAGUUAAAUACCCACAUGGACAACCCCUGCGCUACCUGGACAGAUACAGAGAUGGAAAGGAAGAACAAACCUAUGGCAUAUACUGAUGAUCAGACACAAAUGUUUCAUAAUAUGUACAAAUAAAAAAAAUUGUCACACCAA